CGCUUUGAAUAAAACCAUUGCAGACAAGAACCGUCUCUUGGCUGCUUGCACUCUUUAUAAGCAUUCACCUGAGAAGACUGAAGAGAGAAAAAUUUUAUCCUUAUUUUUAAAUAUCUCAAAAAAGAAAUUCAGUGAGAAUCUGAAGGCUGUGUGGGAGUGGUGAUUGAAAUGGGGAGUAAUUUGAACUUCAAGAACUUUGGUAAUGAGCAGUUGGGGGAUGGUGGGGGAAGGCAGGCGAGUUUUGGGCUGGUGAGGCAGCCGUCGGUUUAUUCCUUGACUUUUGAUGAGUUUCAGAGCGCGGUGGGGUGUGGGAUUGGGAAGGAUUUUGGGUCAAUGAACAUGGAUGAGUUGCUGAAGAAUAUUUGGAGUGCUGAGGAGAAUCAGACCAUGGGAUCAGCUAGUGGUGGGCAGCAACAGAACAGUGGUCCUAGUGGGUAUUUGCAGAGACAAGGGUCUUUGACAUUGCCAAGAACUCUGAGUCAGAAGACUGUUGAUGAGGUUUGGAGGGAUAUAAUGAAGGAAUAUUGUGUUGAGAAAGAUGGGAGUGGCGGUGGUAGUGGCGGUGGUGGUGGUGGUGGUGGUGUUGGGGGCUCGAAUACGCCUCAGAGGCAGCAGACUUUGGGAGAGAUGACCCUUGAGGAGUUCUUGUCUAAAGCUGGGGUUGUGAGGGAAGAGACACAGAUGGCUGGACAGGUUACUAAUGGUGGAGGAGUAUUUGGGGAUUUGGUGAGUAAUACCGGGCUAGGGUUUGGGUAUCAGCAGGCUGGGCAGAACAACGCGGGAUUGAUGGGCGGUAGGAUGCCUGAAAACAACCCUAAUUUGAUGUUGAACAUGAGCCAGGCUAGGCCUUCUCAGCCACACCCCGGGACUUCACAAUUGCAGCAACACCAACACCAACAAAAGGUUGAACAGCAAAAGAUAGAAAGCCAACAACAACAAAAGAUAGAGCAGCAGAACCACCACCACCACCACCAGCAACCGCUGUUUCCUAAGCAACCAACCUUGGCCUAUGGUGCUCCAAUGCCAAUCCCCGCUAAUGGUCAAUUACGCAGUAAUGGAAUGAAGGGCGGGGUUAUGGGAAUUCCCGAUGCUGCUGCAAUCAAUGGCAAUCUAGUUCAAGGCUCCACCCUGCAGGGUGGAGGGAUGGGUUUGGUAGGUUUAGGACCUGGGGGUGUUACCGUUGCUACAGGAUCUCCAGCUGUUUCAUCAGAUGGGCUCACCAAGAGUAAUGGCGAUACGUCUUCUGUGUCGCCAGUUCCUUAUGCUUUCAAUGGAAAUGUAAGGGGGAGGAAAAGCAGUGCACUGGAGAAGGUCGUUGAAAGGAGACAGAGGAGAAUGAUAAAAAAUAGAGAGUCAGCUGCAAGAUCAAGGGCCAGGAAGCAGGCAUAUACUAUGGAGUUAGAAGCAGAAGUUGCAAAACUAAAAGAAGAAAACCAAGAACUACGUAAGAAACAGGCGGAGAUGAUGGAAAUGCAGAAAAAUCAGGUUCUUGAGAUGAUGAAUCUUCAGCGUGGAGCUAAAAGGCGAUGCCUCAGACGCACACAGACAAGUCCAUGGUAGAAGCAGUGCAGGCAUUGAUUGUUGCUGGGAUAUAUCUAAAUCGAGUUUAGGCAUUCGUAAAUAUGGAAAUGAAUCAUAUAUUCACUUUAAAUCAGAAGAGUUAUCAGUCUCUUUUUCUGUAGUUAUUUUUUUUUUUUUUUGAAUUUUUACUUGGAAUCUGCCUUGUUUACACUGCACAUAGGCAGGCAAUUUAGAAUAUCUAGUUGAAUGGAUAUAUAGAUUAUUUAGGUC